AUGAGAUUAAAUCCACGUGUUAUAUCGUCGGCAGUUGCAGUUGCAUUUACGUGUGUUGUGUCAGCGGCCGCAUACUAUUACAAAAGUCGAAACACUGAGAUCAAUGAAGUGAUGGUAUUCUGUAAAUUACAGUUCAAUGCUUAUAAUUACUUUGACAAAUUAGUCAGUUUCAUAGAAAGAGCAAAGUAUAAUGUGAACGUUUGCAUGCCCGGCAUCCACAAUCCGGCAAUUCAAGCCCGAUUGGUUAAUUUGAUAAAACAGAAAAAUAUUAAAGUUAAUAUCGUAAUUGAUCGAUCAGGAUACAAUGAGUCCACAGAAUUCUUCAUCAAGGAACUUAUUGAAGCCGGAGCUGAAAUUAAAUGCAAGGUAAAUGAACCAGUGUUUACGAUGCAACACAAAUUCUGCUUAGUUGAUGAUAAGAUUCUGAUGACGGGAACGCUCAAUUGGGGUAAUGACCGAUCUUUCGACCAUUGGAACUACGUCUAUAUUACUAGCAAACAACAGUUAGUUGAACCAGUGAAAAAUGAGUUUUAUCAAAUGUGGACCAUCGCUAGUGAUAUACAGUCCAUUUUUGACAUUUAUUGUGACAGUGACGCAGAAACUAUUGAAAUUCGCAACCCUGAUGCGACUUCAACUUCAGAUGAAAGUGGUGACCAACACGACACUGUCACAGUUGACAGCCCUAUUGAAACUAUAAAAAAACAAAUGACAGCCGAAAAAAUAAGUUCCAUCUCAAUUAAUUACCCUUGUAUUGAAGUU